AUGCCGCCUGGCGCGCCAGCAGUAUCGAAAUGUCCGCUCCGGACCAUCAAGGAGAUCCAGUUCGGGCUGCUCUCCCCCGAGGAGAUCAAGGCUAUGAGCGUGGUGCACAUCAUCUACCCUGAGACCAUGGACGAGGACAACAAGAAGCCCCGUGAACAGGGUCUCAACGAUCCCAAGCUCGGCACUAUCGACCGCAUGUACUCGUGCGCGACGUGCAAGGAAGACAUCCAGGUCUGUCCUGGGCAUUUUGGCCACAUCGAGUUGGCCACUCCCGUCUUCCAUGUCGGUUUUGUCGUCAAGAUCAAGAAGAUUCUUGAGACAGUGUGCCACAGCUGUGGCUUGAUUCUCGCUGAUACCAACCAUCCAGACUGGGAUCAAGCUAUGAAGACCAAGGAUGCAAAACGGCGAUUUGACAAGAUUUGGCGCAUGUCCCGGACACGGCGAGUCUGUGAGCAGGACACCACGGACGAGGACCCUAAGAAGGCCCGCCGUCCUCAUGGCGGUUGUGGCAACCCGCAACCUGACACCAUCCGCAAGGAGGGUCUCAAGCUCACUGGCACUUGGAAACAGAAGAAGAAGGAAGAGGAUGACGGCCAGGGUGACCGCAAGGAGGUCAUUACCCCGCAGACGUCACUCAACAUCUUCAAGCUGCUGUCCGACGAGACGCUCCAGAUGCUCGGUCUGAACAAGGACUACGCUCGUCCGGAGUGGAUGGUUCUGACCGUCCUGCCUGUUCCCCCACCACCAGUUCGUCCCAGUAUUUCCGUCGACGGCACAGGACAGGGUAUGCGCGGUGAGGACGAUUUGACGUACAAGCUGGGCGAUAUCAUCCGCGCCAACAGCCGUGUCUUGCAGUGUAUUCAGGACGGAUCACCGCAGCACGUUCUUACUGAGUUUGAUACUCUGCUUCAGUACCAUGUGGCAACAUACAUGGACAACGACGCAAACGGUGUACCACAGGCCAUGCAGAAGUCCGGCCGCCCACUCAAGACGAUUCGUGGUCGUCUAAAGGGCAAGGAGGGCCGUCUCCGAGGCAACUUGAUGGGUAAGCGUGUCGACUUCUCCGCACGUACUGUCAUCACAGGUGACCCCAACCUGUCUUUGGACCAGGUCGGUGUACCACGUUCGAUUGCUCGCACUCUCACCUACCCCGAGGUCGUCACCAAGUUCAACAUCAGCAAACUGACUGGACUGGUACGCAACGGUCCCAACCAGCACCCCGGUGCCAACUACGUGAUCAAGGCCGAUGGAGUACGUCUUGAUCUCAAGCACAACAAGAACCUCGACGAUCUGCGACUGCAGUACGGGUGGAAAGUCGAGCGCCACAUCAACGACGACGACGUCAUCAUCUUCAACCGUCAGCCCUCGCUGCACAAGGAGUCUAUGAUGGGUCACCGCGUCAAGGUCAUGCCAUACUCGACUUUCCGUCUCAACCUGUCUGUCACAUCUCCUUACAACGCCGAUUUCGAUGGUGACGAGAUGAAUCUUCACGUCCCCCAGAGCGAUGAGACUCGAGCUGAGGUUCAGAACCUCUGCAUGGUUCCCAAGCAGAUUGUGUCGCCUCAGAAGAACUCGCCCCUGAUGGGCAUCGUCCAGGACACACUGUUGGGUGCUUACAAGAUGACCCGUCGUGACGAGUUCUUGCCUAUCGAACAAGUCAUGAACAUCAUGAUGUGGGUUCCAGAAUGGGACGGUAUUGUUCCGGAGCCUGCGAUCCUGAAGCCUCGCUCUCUCUGGACCGGAAAGCAGAUUAUGAGCAUGGCUAUGGCGAAGGAGGUUAACAUUGUCAAGCUUGACGACGAUUCCAAGCCUGGGCCAUGGAACGACAUCGCCGACAAGAGUCUGAUGAUCAUGGGUGGCCAGCUUAUAUUCGGACAAAUCACGAAGAAGGUUGUUGGUGCUACAGCCGGUGGUGUCAUUCACAUCAUCUUCAACGAACUCAGUCCCCUCGACGCCGUGGGCUUUUUCAACGCUUGUCAGCGCAUUGUUUGCUACUGGCUGUUGCACCACGGUUUCAGUAUGGGUGUGGGUGAUGCCAUUCCUGACCCGGCUACUUCUGAGAAGAUUGCCGAGCACGUUGCAAAGGCUAAGAAGGACGUCGAAGACAUCAUUCUCACAGCUACUCAGGACAGGCUUGAGCCUCUGCCGGGUAUGACGAUUCGCGGUACUUUCGAGUCGAAGGUCCAGAAGUUCCUCAACGAAGGUCGUGAGGGUGGUGGUACCGCCGCUCAGAGCAGUUUGAAGCAUUUCAACAACGUCGUCAACACAGUCAUCUCUGGUUCCAAGGGUUCCACUGUCAAUAUCUCACAGAUGGUGUCUCUCGUCGGACAACAGGCUGUCGAAGGUCAGCGUAUUCCUUUCGGAUUCAAGUACCGAACUCUGCCGCAUUUCACCAAGGAUGACUACUCGCCAGAGUCUCGAGGGUUCGUCGAGAACUCGUACCUACGCGGCUUGACUCCUUCAGAGUUCUUCUUCCACGCCAUGGCUGGUCGCGAAGGUCUUAUUGAUACCGCUGUCAAGACCGCUGAGACUGGUUACAUCCAGCGUCGUCUCGUUAAGGCGCUUGAGGAUGUCAUGGUCAAGUACGAUGGUACUGUUCGCAACUCAAUGGGCGACAUUGUCGAGUUCGUGUAUGGUGAGGAUGGUCUUGAUGGUGCUCACAUCGAGAAGCAGAAGCUCGAUAUCAUCACUUCAUCAGAAGCGAAGUUCGAGAAGACCUUCAAGCUUGACGUCGUCAACACAGCGAAGCCUCCUAUUCCAGCCAGCCAAUUGGAAGUGGCGUCAGCAAUCCAGGGUGACGUCGAGGUGCAGCAGUACCUCGAUGAAGAGUUCGAGCAGAUCAAGAUCGAUCGCGAGUACCUUCGUGAUUUCAUUGAAGACGACGACAGCCAGCAAUUCCAGCUGCCCCUUAAUAUUCAACGUAUGAUUGAGUCUGCACAAGCACGCUUCGGUAUCAAGCCGCAACAAGAUCGAAGCAACCUUGAACCUAUCCAGACCAUCACCAAGGUUCGCGAGCUUCUGGACCGCCUUGUCGUCAUUCGUGGCGAUGAUGAGAUUUCGAGAGAAGCACAGGAGAGCGCGACCUAUCUGUUCAAGUCUCAUCUACGAUCGCGUCUUGCGUUCAAGCGUCUCGUCAUCGAGUAUCGCCUGAACAAGAAGGCGCUGGACUACAUUCUUGGUGAGCUCGAGGAGCGCUUCCUCAAGGCUGCAGUUGCUCCCGGUGAGAUGGUCGGUGUCCUGGCAGCCCAGUCCAUUGGCGAACCUGCCACGCAGAUGACACUCAACACCUUCCAUUUCGCUGGUGUGUCUUCCAAGAACGUCACGCUUGGUGUGCCCCGUCUCAAGGAAAUUCUCAACAUCGCCGCGAAUAUCAAGACGCCAUCUAUGCUUGUUAGGCAACAGGACGCUAGCGGAGAUCAGCAGGCUGCUAAGCUUCUUCGCUCUCGUAUCGAGCUUACCACUCUGCGUUCGCUUACGCACGCUGUGGAACUGUACUAUGACCCAGAGAUCAAGUCGACUUUGAUCGAGCAAGAUGAGGACAUGGUUGACUCUUACUACAUCUUUGGCGAGGAUGAGGACAACAUUGCGUCGCAGUCCAAGUGGCUGCUUCGUAUCGUCCUGGACCGCAAGAAGUUGCUGGACAGGGAUAUCUCUAUUCAAGAAGUCGCCAACACCAUCAAGGAAGAGUUCAAGCCCAACCUGGCUGUCAUCUUCAGCGAUGAGAAUGCGGAUGAGCAGAUCAUUCGUGUACGAUUCAUCUGGGACGGCAACCUCCAGAAGGAUGAGGAAGACGAAGAUGAGCGUGACGAACGAUGGAUGCGAAAGCUCGAGAAGCAUCUUCUUGACGAUGUCACACUUCGUGGUGUCCGUGGUAUUGAGCGUGCUUUCAUUCGAGAGCUGAAGGUCGUUGCCGAGAACGACGAUCGCUCGUUGAUCCUCUCCAAGAACGACCCUCGUUGCAAUGAGUGGGUCCUCGAUACUACUGGUACAGCUUUGGCAGACGUUCUCGCCAUCGACGGCGUCAAUCCUACCAAGACGUACUGUAACUCUUUCAUCGAGAUCCUCGGUGUGCUCGGUAUUGAAGCAGCUCGUGCGGGUCUUCUCAAGGAACUUGGUAUGGUCUUGUCCUUCGACGGUUCUUAUGUCAACCAUCGACACAUGGCCCUUCUUGUCGACAUCAUGACGCAACGUGGUCUGCUCAUGGCCAUCACUCGUCACGGCAUAAACCGCAAUGACACUGGAGCUCUUAUGCGUUGUUCUUUCGAAGAGACAGUUGAAAUCUUGCUCGAGGCUGCCGGCUUUGGUGAGCUCGACGACUGCCGUGGUGUGUCCGAGAACGUUAUGCUCGGUCAGCUGGCGCCCAUGGGUACUGGAGAAUUCGACGUUGUCAUGGAUAAUGCUAUGCUUCUGACCAUGGUGGAAGACAACUCGAAGGUUAUGGGUGGUGCUGCAGCUGCUGGUAACUACCUCGACAGUGGUGCGGCUACACCGUACGAUCUCGGUUCCCCAACAUACGAAGGAGGUAUGGGCAUGGGCGGUUACGACGCUUCAUUCUCUCCACUUGCUGCUGCGGGUGGUGAUACUGGUGGUCUUACCGAGUACCAGCCCAACUUCGAAAACGGUGGCUUCAGCCCGUUCAACCCGGCAGGCAGAAGCCCAGGCUACGCUCCGAUGUCUCCAGGCUACCCUGGCGCCAGCCCAACGUCUCCAGGCUACUCACCAACCUCGCCCGGGUACUCGCCAACUUCGCCAGGCAUCAGCAGCCCGCGCUUCGGUGCCACUUCGCCUGGCUAUGCCGCUACCAGUCCCCAAUACUCGCCUACAUCGCCGAGCUACUCCCCAACGUCGCCGGCUUACGGAUCGCCCACUUCUCCGUCCUAUUCCCCAACUUCACCGAGCUACUCGCCGACCUCUCCAUCGUACUCGCCUACCUCACCAAGCUACAGCCCUACUUCGCCGGCACACCGUGGUGCAACUUCACCUCACUAUAGCCCGACGUCGCCUGCGUAUAGUCCGACGUCGCCUGCCUACAGUCCGACAAGUCCGCAGUUUGGUGUCAGCAACGACAGGCGUUCGCCAGCUUCACCAACUUCGCCAGCUUAUAGCCCAGCUAGUCCACAGUACUCUCCUACAAGUCCCACUGGUAAUGCAGCGUACUCGCCCACGUCGCCCAAAUUCUCUCCCACGUCACCGGGUGCGGCACCAUACUCGGCUUCUUCGCCAAAGUGGUCGCCUACCAGCCCGUCGUACUCGCCAUCAUCUCCAAAACAGUAA